GUUCCUCUCCCAACCUUUUGCACCUCCCCCCUAGCCAUAAAACCUCGCCGUUGCUGCGCUCCCAUUCAAAUGACGUCACGUACCACAUUACUGAUACGUACUGGUUUUUGGAGACGGCAGGGUCGCUAAAUGCAGUAAAACAGAAGUAAACGCCACCGACACACAGAAGGAUUGCCACAAAGGAUCAUUCGGUUGAUACGAGAUCACUACAUUUCUCCAUUAAGUCAGGUGACCGUCCGACCCACAGAUGAACUUUGAGCAGCCACCUCCGUACCCGGGCCAGGGUCCGACGGCCCCGGGCUACCCACCCCAAGGACACCCGCAACAAGGUUACCCGGCAGCAGGCUACCCUCAGCAGGGUUACCCAGUCAACGUGGAGCAGGGUUACCCUGUCAACAUGGAGCAGCCUAAUCCUGCCUACCCCAACUACCCUCCUGGUGCCAUGGGCCCCGGGGGCCCCUACCCGGGGCCCGGGCAGCCUCCCUACCAGGGAUACCCACCACAACCACAGUUUGGUUGGCAGGGAGGGCCCGGGCCGGCCCAAGGCCCCAUGUACGGAGAAGGCCCCAAAAACACAGUAUACGUGGUGGAGGAGCGGAGGAGAGAUGACAGUGGAGACACGUGUCUGACGGCCUGCUGGACGGCUCUGUGUUGCUGCUGCCUGUGGGACAUGCUGACAUAACCCCUUCCCCCCCCCCCCCCCCCCCACCCCCCCACCUCAUCAACACCACCUUCGCCUCCAUCUUUCUGUGCCUGGAAAACCAAUCAAACCUUCUCUCGCUCUCUCGCUCUCUCUCUCAAACACACCUUGAACGUCACUCCACCUCCCUGAAGUAUCCCCCGUGAAGAAACCUUCGCUCGUCCAUAAAGAAAAGAAACACCCACUCCGAAACACAAUCUCCCAUGGAUAUCAGCUCAUCUCAGCCCCAUGGAGCAGUGGCUGAUCCCGGGGUGUGUGUGUGUGUGUGUGUGCGUGAGUGUUCAUCCGCGCCAUCUUGACCAUGAGGGGAAGCACCUUUUUGAGAACCAAGCCCAAGAGUAUACUCUAGUCUGUCCAAUCUCAGGCUCCGUUCUGUGAUCAAACUCCUACAUGUUGCCACACGCACCCAUCACGACGCGAACACAUCAGAUCCCUGGUAAAUGAAUGACACACACCCACACACACACAUAUGCACAAAGACACACACACACACACACACACACACACAUAUGCACAAAGACACACACACACACACAGUUCCACACACACCUAUAUAUAUCUCAGGCUUGUUACGUGUGGAGCUGUCCUUUGCACUUUAUGAUGUUAUAACUGUAAGAAACCCGCUCCUUCCCCCCCCCCCCCCCCCCCAUGCCCCGAAUACCUCAUAUGCCUGGUCCCUCAUGGCUAACGCAGCUAGCACGACUGCUGGAUGCUAACAAGCCACUGGGCCCUCUUCAGAAGCCGAUGCUUGCAAUGUAUUCCUCCCUCUUAUUUGCACAGACAGUCCGGUUGCCGAUGUAUUUCUUCAGGUGAAUCGUGUGAUGAAUAAAAGAAACACCUUUUUUUCUUAAAAAAAAAGAUGAUGAUUUAUCUCUGAUUGCAUAACAUAGUGCACUUGCUUUCCUGCUGAGCCUGAUAAGGUGAUUUGAAAAUAUUACUUCCAACAUGAACAUUCCAUAAAAAAAAAGUGAAUAAAGAAAAAUGCCCCCCAAAAAAUCUAUAAAUAAUAAAUGGUGAAUAAUAGUAUUUUACUUUGUCUUUUGCUUGGAAGAAAAAUAAUCAUGCAUUAAAAAGUGAUAUACCCCAAAAUAAGUCACUGGCUUGUAAUAUUUGGUAUGGUGUCGUAUGUCAUAUGCGUGUGAGUGAGAUUGAGGGGUUAGAGAAGAGGGCAGGAGCCAUGGGGCCUGGUCAUCUUUCUCAAAGGUUAUGGAAGUGAGCCCAUAGCCAGAGCUUGCCAGAUCAUGCAGGGCUUUACAAAAUGGCUUCCAUCAGCACGUCAAAAGAAAGCAUAUGAUCCUGCAAUGUUGUAAUUUCAUAAUGUUAUACUGGUUUCAUAUUGAUAAAUGUCAAUUCAUUUGAUGCAUUUCUAACUGUUUACUUUCUGAAAUUAACACAUAUGUAUUUAGUCUUACCCCCCCCCCCCCCCCCCAUGAUGAGUGUGAGAAGAGGACGCUUAAAAUAAAGGAAGAGUAUAGAGUUACAGAUGUCGGUAAGCAUGCCGGGUAGUACUAUCUUUAGAGUCCAAAUAUGUGCAUGUGACUUAUCUGCAAACACAUGGGUGCUGGUAAACCUUUGCUCUUACUGGAUAUGGUGUUUUGGCACUCAACAUGUUGGUCUGUUAUAAUUAUUCAAUGGUUUUAUUAACCACCCCAUAUAUAUGCCCCUUUAAACCCUCCAACAAAAGAUAGGUAAUUAAAGAUUAGGGUUGGUUCAUGAAUGGCAUGCUUUAAUUGAUUGUUCUUUGAUGCUUGUUUUGAUGCUUGUUUUUUUACUUAAAAAGUGUAAGAAAACAACUUAAUAUGAAGUCAAAAUAACCGGAAACAAAAUACAAACCUGUUUGCCAUCAGAGGAUUUUUAACAGCGGUUAGUUGGUAGAGGAUUUUAUUCAUAUUAACAUAUGUAGCCUAUUGUUUGUGUCAUUGUUCCUGGUUAUGUAAUUAAAAGCAUCACAACUUCCACAUUGUAAUGUCUGAUGCAUGUAUACAUUUAUAAGAGUAACUUACUGUAUUAGUACACAAUAAAGCCCUUUAAAGCAG